ACCAUGACUCGAGGAAAUCAACGUGAACUUGCUCGUGCUAAAAACCAAAAGAAACAACAAGAAAUCAACAAAGGCAAACGUACUGACAAUUUAACCGUCGAACAACGCAAACAAAGAGAUGCCGAGUUGAUGCGAGAAAAACAGCGUAGAAAGGAAGAAGCUGCGAGGGCAGCAGGCCAACAAAUAGCGGCUAAAUAAAAAACACCGACACAAACAACAACAGUUCAUCAACC